UUUAGUUUCGAGGAAAACCGCCAGGCGUCCUUUUAACGCCAUUUUGUUCACGUGGAUAGCAGGCAAGAUGAGGGGAAGCAGAGAAGCGAACAUGAGUUCGCAGGAGAAGUUGACGCGUAUCGCGAUCGUCAACACGGACAAAUGUAAACCGAAACGGUGUAAGCAGGAAUGCAAGAAGUCCUGCCCUGUCGUGCGACUUGGAAAACUUUGUAUAGAAGUGACGCCCAACGACAAGAUCGCUGCCAUCUCGGAGAACUUAUGCAUCGGCUGCGGCAUCUGCGUUAAGAAAUGCCCUUUUGAGGCAAUUUCUAUCAUCAACUUGCCCAGCAACCUCGAAAAGGACACUACCCAUAGGUAUAGCCAGAACUCCUUCAAGCUUCACAGGUUGCCUACUCCGAGACCCGGCGAAGUGCUGGGGUUGGUGGGCACCAACGGUAUUGGCAAGUCUACCGCCCUGAAGAUCUUGGCCGGAAAGUUGAAACCGAACCUUGGUCGUUACGGGGACCCUCCAGACUGGACGGAGAUCCUGCAGUACUUCCGCGGAUCUGAGCUGCAGAACUACUUCACCAAGAUCCUCGAAGACGACCUGAAGGCGAUCAUCAAGCCUCAGUAUGUUGACCAGAUCCCCAAGGCCGUUAAGGGAUCAGUCCAGCAGCUCAUGGACAAGAAGGACGAGAUGCAGAACCAAGAAGAGGUCUGCCGUGUCCUUGACCUGAACAACGUGCGAGACCGCAGCGUGGGGGACCUUUCGGGAGGAGAGCUGCAGCGCUUUGCCUGUGCUAUGGUCUGCAUCCAGAAGGCAGACAUCUUCAUGUUUGACGAGCCUUCCAGUUACCUGGACGUGAAACAGAGGCUGAAGUGCGCCGAGGCCAUUCGUGCCCUCAUACACCCGCAGAAGUACAUUAUUGUGGUGGAGCACGACUUGUCAGUGCUGGACUACCUAUCCGACUUCAUUUGUUGCCUGUACGGAGUGCCCGGGUGCUACGGAGUGGUUACGAUGCCUUUCUCGGUGCGGGAAGGAAUUAACAUCUUCCUCGACGGCUUCGUUCCGACGGAGAACCUGAGGUUCCGCGACACCUCGCUGGUCUUCAAGGUGGCCGAGACCGCCAACGAGGAAGAGGUGAAGCGCAUGUGCCGCUACGAAUACCCCAACAUGCGCAAGUGCCUGGGUGACUUCGAGAUGAGCAUAGACGCUGGAACUUUUACGGACUCUGAGAUCAUUGUGAUGCUCGGGGAGAACGGAACCGGGAAAACUACCUUCAUCCGGAUGAUGGCUGGGCGUCUAAAGCCAGAUGACGGAGGAGACGUCCCUUCGCUGAACAUCAGCUACAAGCCCCAGAAGAUCUCGCCCAAGUCCCAGGGCACUGUGAGGAUGCUGCUGCACGAGAAGAUCAGGGACGCCUACGUGCACCCGCAGUUCAUCGCCGACGUCAUGAAGCCCCUGCAGAUCGAUGCCAUCAUCGACCAAGAAGUGCAGAACCUGUCCGGAGGAGAGUUGCAGCGCGUGGCCCUGGCGCUGUGCCUCGGCAAGCCGGCCGACGUGUACCUCAUUGACGAGCCGUCGGCCUACCUGGACUCUGAGCAGCGUCUGGUGGCGGCCAAGGUCAUCAAGCGCUUCAUCCUGCACGCCAAGAAGACGGGCUUCGUGGUGGAGCACGACUUCAUCAUGGCCACCUACCUGUCCGACCGGGUCAUCGUCUUCGAGGGGCAGCCCUCCGUCAAGACGCGUGCCAACACGCCACAGACCUUGCUGGCGGGGAUGAACAAGUUCCUGGAGCUUCUGAACAUCACCUUCCGCCGAGAUCCCAACAACUUCAGGCCACGCAUCAACAAGCUCAACUCUGUCAAGGACGUGGAUCAAAAGAGGAGUGGCAACUUCUUCUUCCUGGAAGACUGAGCAACUGCACCAGGGCUGCCCAAGGAAGGGAGCUCGGCCUCGAACCUCGAAGGCAUUGAAAGGCUACAGACGCAAGGCCGGACCUCUCGGGAAGUGCGGGUGACCUUCGGUGGAGCGGUGUAUUAAAAGAAAAACUGACGGACUAAGCUCCGGUUUUGAAUUCUA